AUGGAAAGAAAUCUCAGAUAUCUCGAUCUGCUCUUUCUAUCAAUAUGCAACAUGGUUGGAAUCGGCAUCUUCAAAACAGCACAUUAUGUUCUUAUCCACACUGGGUCGUGUAUAUGGUCUGUUGCAUUGAUUGUAGCAUCGGGCGCAAUAGCAACAAUGUUCGGUCUUUGUUAUGCAGAGCUUGGAUCGACGUAUCCAUAUGCAGGAGGUGACAUAAAUUACCUCAAAAGAGCAUACUCAAAUUAUGUGGGAACGGCAUACUCGCUUACUUCAAUUGCAUGGAUUCUUCCACUAUCCUGUGCAGUGAUGGCAGUUACAAUUCAUGAAUGCUUCAAAGACAUUGUUCGAAAAAACAUAUUUAUUGCUGUGAUACUUGUGAUAGUUUCAAUGAUGCUCUCUUUUGGUGGGAGGCUAGUUACUUGGACAGUUAGGAUCUUGUUCUUCUUGAAGAUAGCCACAGUUGCGCUCCUUGUCAUAAUUUCCGCUAGUUCAUUCUUCAAAACUCGUGAAAUAUCAAAUCCUGCAAUACUUGAUCCAAGAAACGCCAAGGCAGAUAUGAAUGCUCUUGGUGCUUUGAAAGGGCUCUGCUUUACUCAGUUCUCGUUUGAUGGAUGGAAUAACGGAAAUUACAUUGCAAACAGAGUACAGAAUCCUGGAAAAGCAUUUCCAAGAGCAAUCCUGGGGUCUAUAUGGGCUACAGCUGCAAUCUACGUACUAACCACACUUUCGGCAAUGUUUGUGGUUCCAUACACAGAGAUAAUUAGUAAUGGAAUGUUUAUUGAGGAGUAUUUUAGGAUAAUGAAUAUUCCAAUCCCAUCGCGCAUGCUCUCAGUUAUUGUAACUUUGAUACCAACAAUAGGAUCAUUGAUGUGCUCUCUUAUUGUAAGCUCAGGUAUUAUGGAAUCGCUUUUACCGGUGAAGUUUUCAAAAAAGCUUGAGGUUCUGUCAUUAUUGUUAUUUUCUUUGGUUGUGUUUUUGUUCUCAAUGUUUAAGGAUAUACACGGACUCAUCAGUAGAAUAGCAUUCGGGACUUCUUUUUUCUAUUCACUAUCAUGUAUUGGGCUUGUAGUUUUGAAGAUAAGACAACCGUGUGAGGAAAGACCGUUUAAUCUUCCUCUAGCAGUUCCAGUACUGGCAUCCAUCCUAGGAAUGAUUGUUUGUGGAUUUAUUGUUGUUUAUUCGUGA